CAAAAUUUUAGUUUUUUUUUUUGGUCAGUUGGCCUGACUAGUAACUUUUUGAAUUGUUCAUUGACUUGAAAUCUUUGAAUUCGUUUGAAAAUACAUUCUAUUUGAAAGUACUUCCAUUUUUUUAUAUUGAAAAGUUUAUUUGUUACUAAUGUUCAAUUUAGAAGAGUGCCAUUUGCCCAAAAAUGAACAUAUCCAAAAUUCCUACGUUGAUUAAGAAAUUGUAGGAGCUUUUAGUUCGGAUGUGAACCCUGAAAAAAAACGAAGGCGUCAUCGCACAAACCUUGCACAGUCCUCAUUUUGAACUAAUUCACUUUAAAAAAAUUGUUUGUAAGCAAUCACUAACAUGUAUAAAAAUAUCACGUUUCUGUACCCUCGAUUUAUUUUGUAAUAUUUCUGGGAAAAAAAAAUCCCCAAAAAACCGUCACCUAUUCCUUAAGUAAAUGCAUAAGGUAGCUAUUUUCUUUCUGUAGUUCUUAAAACUUUUUAUCAUCUACUCUUUUACAUCAUUCUUUCAAUUUAUUUUAGAAAAAAUUGUAAAUGUUUAACAUAAAAACCACCUACGAAUCUAAGCAUGUUUAGUGUAAACAAAAGAGCUUACUAGCGAACGUUUUUUUUUUCCUUGACUGACGUUCAUAGUUCUGAUAUCAGAAGAAAUAAUUUUUAAAGGUGUUUCUUUACCUUUUGUCUGGAAGGCAACUUAUCUCAUAUAUUUAUUUAUAAAUAAAUACCAAACAAAUGAGAAAUAUUUAAAGAUAAGAAAUAUGAGUCUCUCUCGUUUAUAUACAACUCCUAGAGUUAAUCAUUUUCCUCAGAAUCACAUCGCUGAUAAGGUUAUGAAGGUAUCGCUUUUAUAAUAAACUCUCAAACUCUUAAAGCACAAAUAAAACGUAUGUAUCUGCAUUGAAAUAAAUACAAAAGUUAAUAAAUUAACUUACAAACUUUAUUUCGUGUAUGGCAUUGACAAAAAAAGCCGACUCAGAACUUUAUUAAACAAAAAAUUGCUUAAUAUUUGUUUUGUAAAUGAGGUUUUUCCAACUGUAGUACUCUAUAUAUUAUGUACAUAAGUAUGACGUUGACAAUAAACUGUAUAUCUUGCUUUCACUGUUACUGCUUUAUUAUUGUAUAUGUAUAUUGUAUAUAUCUUUUUAACCAACUCAUUCAUUGUUUUAACAUAAGUUUAUAUGUAUUUUGUGUGCUUUUGUACGAAUUUUCAUUAUAUUUUUGUUGUUGAUUUCUUUAUUUACUAAAACAAUCAUUUCUAGAUUGCAAGAUAAAUGAUUGGUUGAAUGUUUAAAUGUUUGAACAGGGGGUACUCUAUAUUCUGGGUUAAUUAUGGAUUCUGGGCUAAAUAUGAAUUUUGUUUUAUCUUUUUUCCAGCUUCUUCACCUUUCACUUCCCAAAAAUAAAAUAAAGACAAUACAAUUUUUAUAAAUUUUCAUAAAGAAAUGUGUUAAAAAACAUUUUAGAAUUUUUGUUUUUCUUCUUAAAAUAUAAUUAAUUUUGGUGCGGGUGUUAAAAACAAAAACAAAACAUUUCAAAAUGUAUUUAUUAAUCAAAAGAACACUUGAAUGAACUUCUCCCAAUAAGAAAUAAUCACAAACAAAAAUAAACUCCUAGACAUUAUUUAGUGUUAAAUAUUUUUGUUCUCUAUUUUUAUUCACACUAAUUUAACGGUGAUGGUGGCAGAUUGAAGUUCUAUAUCUAGAACUAUAACAUUUUUAGCUUAGUUAAAAAAAAUAGUAACUUCUUUUUUAUUGCUUAUAAAAUAAAAAUAAUAAUACAAAAAUAAAAAACCCAUAAUGAAUACAACAAUGGAUCUGAAAAGAUCCCAAUCCGAGGACGAUGGUAGCAGCUCCUUGCGUGAUAGUGGAAUAUCUCUAUCAGAUGAAACGCUUGAAGAAGAGGUCACAAAGGAAGACGUCAAGAAGAGGAAAUGGCGAAAGGCACCUAAAAAAUACGAAUGCGCUGUGUGUGAGAAACAAUUCAAAGGUUUGACAGACUUGAAGAGACACUUAUUGAUUCAUUCGAAUCAGAAGCCUUUCAAAUGUGACUUGUGUGAGAAGUCCUAUCGACAGAAAGUCAAUUUGAGUUAUCACAUGAAAAUGGUGCAUAGCAAUGAAAAGGAGUUCAUUUGUGGAUUCUGUAAGAAACCAUUUGCCUAUAAGCAACGCCUCAGACUGCACUUGAGGGUGCAUACUGGAGAGAAGCCUUAUUGUUGUCAAUAUUGUACAAAGUCUUUUGCUCGAAGUGGACAGCUAAAACAGCAUUUAGAAACUCACGAGGUGAACAAAUUUUAUUGUGAAAUAUGCUCAUCGACAUUUGCCAGUGAGAGAAGUCUUAAGUGUCAUGUGGCACGCCACGGAGACGAACCAAAUCGUAUUUGUCAAAUAUGCAAAAAAGCAUUUAUGAAUUCCAAAAUCAUGCAAGCUCAUAUGGUGCGAGUUCAUUCGAAUGCCGAACAAUUCGAGUGUCCGAUAUGUGAGCUAACAAUCACCACAGAGGACCUUCAGACCCAUAUGAAAGUUCACAGUCCAGCUAAGCGAUUUCAGUGUGAACACUGUGAUGCAGCGUUUGCCCAGAAAUGCCAAUAUAAAGUUCACUUGAGAACACACACCGGAGAACGGCCUUUUCAAUGCAAGGUUUGCUGGCAGACCUUUGCCCACAACAGUGUCCUUAAAUUGCACAUUCGCAAACACACCGGAGAGAAACCAAUCAAAUGCUUGCUGUGCAAGGAUUCCUAUGUAGCCUUCUCGCAGUUGGCUCACUUAAAAACUCACAUGCGUACCAUACACAAAAAAGAUAACUCAUACGCAUGUGAGGCGUGCAAAGAGUGCUUCAAAGUUAAAUUCCACCUUGAUAGACACAAAGAAGCCUGCAAAAAGUACCAAUCACUCAAACGAACUGAAUCGCUCGAAAUUCUUGAAAAUUCCGAACAGGAUACGGAAAAACUAUCAAGCCUUAGAUAUCUCAUAGCUGUGCUACUGAAAAGUAUAUCCACACCGGAAAAACUCACAGAUUUGGGUUUUGGUAAGCGACUAAUAGACAACGUCCUGAUGGCAUCUCUCAAGCUGGCCAAACGAAAAUGUUUCGAAAAGAAGAAAAUGCAUGAGUUGGAUAAGUUGAAGCUGAAUAUACAAUCAUUCCUAGAAUGGAUUGUUCCCGAGGAGGUUUGGAAUGAGUUCAAAAAAGAGUGUCCUUCCACAGAGAGUAUUUUAGAGAAAAUUGUCACAAUGUAUUUAAAACAGGUAACAGAGUAACCAAAAAAACAAAAUACUCUCAAAAACUACAAAAACCAAAAGAAAGCAAACUAAAAAUCGCAAUGUACUAAAUUGUGCCAUACCAAAUUUCUUUUUUUAACUUUUAGUACUAAUAUUUUCUUAAAAAUCUUUAAAAAAUAAUGAUGAUGUGGUGGUGAUGGUCUUUCUUGCCAUAGUAGUUUUUUAAGUUAAAAGAGAAAUUCUAUUUGAUUUUUGGAAAAAAUGGAUUUUAAAUUAAUUUUAAGUAUAUAAUUUUUACUAUAGUAGCUAGUCAAGUGAAUUUAAACCAAAUAUAGCAGCAACAUUUGAUAUCUUGCCAUUUCAUUAAAUGAAAAAUACCAAAAAGUAACACAAGACACAAAACAAAAGAAAAUUGAUUAUAUAAUAUUUUCCCACCUAGUUUAUGAAUAAAGAAAAAUUACUUAUUAUCAAAUGAAUAUAUAUUUGACUAAA